UCUCCCUCUCUCUUCGUCUCUCAACCUUUCCCCGAGAAUUCGAUCUCUUCGCUUAUUUAUACGUGACGGGCUCAACACGUUCUUGCAUACAACUACAAACAAAAGCAAAAAGAUAGAAAAGCCGAAAGCAAGUUGUUUUGAGAGAGAGAGAGAGAGAGAGAGAGAUGGAGGGUUUGCCACCAGGGUUUCGGUUCUUCCCGACCGAAGAAGAGCUAGUUUCGUUCUAUUUACGAAACAAGCUCGAGGCAACUAGAGAGGCUCUACUCGGGAUGAUUCAACGAGUCAUACCCGUUCUUGAUAUCUACGAGUUCAAUCCAUGGGACCUUCCGCAAUUUGCGGGAGAUCUAUGCCAUGCAGAUCCGGAGCAAUGGUUCUUCUUCAUCCCUAGGCAAGAGAGCGAGUACCGCGGCGGUAGGCCGAGGCGGCUCACGACCACUGGCUACUGGAAAGCUACAGGCUCUCCUGGUUUUGUCUACUCGAGCAAUCGCAUUGUCGGACUGAAGAGAACUAUGGUGUUCUACACAGGACGGGCUCCAAAAGGCAUGAAAACCGAAUGGAAGAUGAAUGAGUACAAGGCCAUUGAAGGGGAGGCUUCUUCUCCUCAAGAAAUCCCAGUGACGCCAAGGCAUGAAUUCAGCGUGUGUCGGGUGUACAAGAAAACGAAGACCUUGAGGUCAUUCGACCGGAGACCGAUGGGAGAAAUCAUUAGAAGCAGCCACCCAUUUCAACGGGACACCAUACCAGAGGAUGAUCAUCAUCGGCAUCAUCAAGAAAUGGCAUUAUCUCGCCAAAGCAGUCCUCCAUUCAUGGAGAGAGUGAGCUCAUCGCCAGACAGUUCAGGCGUCUCUGGAGACCAUGGGACAAUUCCUUCGCAAGCAAGAGGACUAGGAAGCAAUACUGAUGUCGAGAUGUUGCCCAGUGACACCGAAUUGUUCUUGCCCGACUGGGAACAGCUCUGGUCUUAAUUAAAGAAGGCUAAUUUACUAUGCAUAAAAAAAAAAAAAAAAAAAAAAAUAGCAUAUUAAUAUUAUCAUGAUUAAAACGGUGUAACUCCUAAUCUCCUCAAUGAUACUAAGCAGAUGUGAGUUCUUUCUGAUUUUAAUGUCUGUUUAAAAUGCAGUUGUAUUCUAGAAUUGACCAUGGAUGUAGAACUAAUACAAAAUGUCUGGUCGAUACCUUUACGUGCACCAUGUUCAUUUCCGCGAGUAUUUCCAUGUGAAACUCUCACGAAUCAAACUGGUGUGCGUUUGUAUGCUCUUGUUUUGUCAUGGUCCAUGUAAAUUUUUGCAUGUGUGCAAUAAACCGCAGAGCUCCCAAAGGAUUACCUGGGAUUUAAUUUUCUUCUAA